GCGCUGCUGGCCGCCUGCCGCUGCGAGUCCUUGUCCGCUGGUGUGAGUGCCCUGGUCCGGAGACCAGCAGACCUGGAGGACCUGGUGGCUCCCGGGCCUCCUCUGCUCUCCCACUGCGGGGUGGGGGUGGGAAGGGGGUAGGUGCAGCCGGCUGAGGAGCCUGAUGAUUUCCUGCCCUCACCCGGCGCUCACCACAGCUUCCUGCCGCAGGCGGGAGGGCAGGCGCUGAGGAGAGGCGGGCGCCGAGCCCAGGGGCAGGUAGGCCUGGGUGCAGGGUCCGCGCAGGGCGGCUGGUGCCCCAGACUCCGGCCCAGGCCCCGGCCUGACUGCCUUGGGGCCAAGGGUCUUCCAGUCCCGGGCAGGACGGGGAUCCAGGUGCUCCAAGGAGGACACGGCUGCCCCUGCCAGGCUCCAGCCUGGUGCCGCUGGUCCCCGCCCCGCUGCCCAGCGCCUGCUCUGCUGCAGCUCUGUGCUGGAGGUACAGCGAGCAGCAGGUCGGGUCCGAGCUCCGUCCUGCAGAUGGAGGCAGCCAUCCUGCUGCCCCCGGUGCUGGGCCUCCUGCUGCUGCCCCUCUUGGCGGUGCUGCUGCUGGCACUCUGCGUGCGCUGCCGAGAGCUGCCCGACGCCUAUGACAGUGCUGUGCCUGACAGCCUGCCGAGUAGCAUCGUGAUCAAGAGGCCUCCUACACUAGCCCCCUGGCCACAGGCUGCUGUGACCUCCUGUCCACCCCUGAGCCAGCCAGACCUGCUCCCCAUCCCGCGAUCCCCACGGCCCCCAGGGGGCUCCCACCGCAUGCCGUCCGCCCGGCAGGACUCCGACGGCACCAACAGCGUGGCCAGCUAUGAGAACGAGGGUGCGUCUGGGCCCCGGGGCCGGGGUAGGGGGCAGGGGGGGGGGGGGCCUGGCCGGGCCCGGCUGACCCCGUGUCCUCCCCCAGAGCCGGCCUGUGAGGACGAUGAUGAUGACGAUGAGGAGGACUACCACAACGAGGGCUACCUAGAGGUGCUUCCUGACACCGUCCCCGCCACGGCCACGGCCACGGCCACGUGCACCGCCGUCCCCGCGGCCGCCGCGCCCAGCAACCCCGGCCUGCGGGACAGCGCCUUCUCCAUGGAGUCCGGGGAGGACUAUGUGAACGUUCCCGAGAGCGAGGAGAGUGCCGACUUGUCUCUGGAUGGGAGCCGGGAGUAUGUGAACGUGUCCGAGGACCUGCAGCCCACCGAGAGGACUGAGGCUGCCACCUUGAGUUCCCAGGAGGCAGAGGAAGAGGAGGAAGAGGGUGCCCCAGAUUAUGAAAAUCUGCAGGAGCUUCAGUGAGACCUCAUGAGGCGUGCUGUCCUAGAGCUGCCUUCCCGGGAGGGCUGAGCUGGGCAGCUGGAAGGCCCACGUGGCGCCACACCCUGGCUCCAGCCUGACAACAGCCUGAGAAUUUCCCCCCUAACUUAUUGUCACUUUGGGGUCCAGUCUGGGUCCCCCAGCGCUGCACCUUCUGACACAGCCUGAGAAUCAAGGGCCUCGGCCCACGGCCCUGCUCUGUACAGAAUAAAGGCUGGCCUGGUCUGUAGCUCUUGGCUCUGGGGACCCCGUGGCGGGUCAGGGUGAGGGGGCAGAGGGUCUGCAUGUGUGAGCAACCGAGAGCCCAGGCCAGGUCGCCUCUGAACGAGGCAGGUAUGGCCCAUCCUGCGCUUUGGCCCUGACGCACGUCCCUGCGCCAGUGCACGGAGGAGGCUGUGCUGGGGGGAGCGGCUGGAGGCCACUGGGCGGGCCCUGGAGCAGCCCUCCCUGCCGCCCGCUUCCCCGUCUUUGAAAGAGGACUUGGUGACUUUGAAAAGCUUUGUUAGUUUCUACCUUCCGUGGUUCUCAAUAAAACAGAACUUUAAAAU